UCUUCUUCCCGUUUUACCACAAAACAAUCUGCUGUGUUGUUGUUGUUCCCGUGCCUGGUGCGCUCUCUUCUUCUUUCUCUUCUUCUUUCUCUUCUUCCUUUGCCGCCGCUGUCGCUCCUUGAUCUCGACCGUUUCGUAUAAUACAAAUAGCUUACCCUGUUCUCUCGGCGCAAAUUAUUAUCGUCAUUUUUAUAGCACUUAUUUUUUAUGACGACUACUACGCAUCGUGACGCUCGUUUUCCCAAUCGUAUACCCAGAAUUACUGCCGCCCAAAUGAAUUCGAACAUGAUCACUCUUGGAAUCCGAGCUGCCCAGCUUGUCUUUGGAAUAAUUCUGCUGGGUCUUACGGGAUACGUUGCUCACUGGUACAAUGUGGACACAUUGACAUCCUCUCCCUCUCAGAUCAACCUGCUGCUGUUUUCUUCGCUGCUCACGAUCUUGUCCGUCUUCUACCUGGAGCUGGCGGCGAGGUUCGUUCCCAAAAUCUCGCACCCGCUGGCCGCGUUAGGCCUCAUAGGCCUCAACGCAAUUCUGCACUUCGCGGGAUUCAUCGCACUGGCGGUCUUCAUGAGCCGGCUUCUCUUCUGCCGCGGCAGCGUGUGCGGCUCGGCGCGGGCCAGCAUCGCCUUCGGCGCGAUCGAGUUCCUGCUCUGGACCGCCUCCGCCGUCUUCGCGGGAAAGGAGGUGGUCCAGGGCGGCGGGUUCCUCCCGAAACGGGGUGCCAAGUCCCAGAGCCCUUUAAGGUAUCCUUCCGAGAUGAAGGAAUCCGCCCCGCCCGCGUAAGCUCCGGCGCCGACGGCCGGCUGUCUGUUGGAAGAAGCAGCCGCGGCUAUACUGAUAUCCCUCUCUCGCCGUACCGGCCGUCGGUCGACUUUCAGACGGAACAGAAAGGCUAUCGGGCGCUGGGAGCACGUCUAUUUACAUAGGUAGAGGUAAAGGCUAAGGGGACUUACAACCCCUUGUAGUUUAGGUAUAAGAACUGCAAAACUUGGGACUCGGGGAAUGAAGGGGUUAUGAAUAGGAGAUGAAUUUGGGAAUGGGAAUUCGAGCUUGGUCUAGAUGACUAGCCAU